CCCAGAAAAUGAAGGAGCAGGCCCAGGUCUUCUCCAAGGACAUCCGGCAAAUCGACCUGGACGUGAACCGCACCUUCCGGAACCACAUCAUGUUCCGGGACCGCUAUGGCGUGGGCUACUGUCAGGGGAUGAGUGAAAUGGUGGCAAUCCUCGUCAUGUUCCUCAGUGAGGAAGACGCCUUCUGGGCCCUGGCGCAGCUGAUGACCAUGGAGACCCAUGCCAUGCACGGUAGGGGCCCUGCAGGGCGCCUGGGCGGGACCUGGAACUCAGGACUCCUUCCCUGCAGGGCAGCCACUGCAGCGGGGCAGGCCAGGACCCCCAGCCAGCCCGCAACCCCACCGGCAAAGGCCACGGCCUCCUCAGGGCGUCUGUAG